GUGGUCAGGUGGUUAGACUACCAUCUACUGGACUCUAUCAAAUACCUGGAACCUUACCGAACGAACAAGAAUUGAGCUCAAAAAAAUCAGUCGGUGUAUACUAGCUCCGGAUAAAGAUCAGCCAAUAGGGAGACGGCUAGCCCCACCCACAGACGAUGUCACAUGUUAUAAAUACUAAGUUAUGGUCGUUUUGCUAUCUGACGUAACGAGAUUUUAUCGAGAUGUCUAAAGUUAAGGUUGGAAUUAUCGGAGGUUCUGGACUGGACGACCCAAAUUUAUUCCAGAAAGUAGGAGUGCGAAAUGUAACUACUAACUUUGGAGCCCCAUCAGAUGUUCUUACCGAAGGUUUUAUUGAAAAUGUUCCAUGUGUAAUGCUUCCCAGACAUGGUAAAAAGCACGGUAUCUUACCACACGAAGUCAACUAUCGGGCCAACAUAUCGGCUUUACAUGAACUCGGAUGUACUCACGUAUUAGCUACCAACGCUUGUGGUAGUCUACAGGAGAACCUGAUGCCUGGAGAUUUCGUUGUUCUUGACCAGUUUAUAGAUUGGUCUUGGGGUCGCGAAAGUACAUUUUAUGGAAGCAAAGCUGGUUCAAUGAAAGGUGUCCUACAUAUGCCAAUGGCAACACCAUUUUGUGAUAAAACGCGUCAGGUUUUGAUAGAAGCAGCCAAAAAUCUAUCAAUGAAUGUUUUUGACAAAAAAUGUAUGGAUGCUGCAAGUGCUAUUCAUCCAUGUGUGCACACUGAAGGUUCUGGAAUUACUAUUAAUGGUCCACGUUUUUCAACUCGUUUCGAGUCGUUACUUUAUCAAAGUUUUGGCGUGGAUAUAGUCAACAUGACAUUAGUUCCUGAAGUUGUAUUGGCUCGUGAAUUAGGCCUAAGUUAUGCUUCUUUAGCAAUUGUUACGGAUUACGAUUGUUGGAAAACAGACCAAGAGCAUGUCUGUGUUGAUAUGGUUUUGGAACAGUUUAAUAAAAGUGUUGAUCGAGUUAAAUCACUCUUACUGGAAGCUGUGAAACUGAUUGGCAGUCGUGAUUGGACAGAGACUAUUGAAGCAAAUAAGGCACUAGUUGCAAGUUCACGUCAAGAUCAUGCCCAUCGAGAAAGUCAAUCCAAAUAAAUAUAUGGCUAAUGAGAAUUUCUUCUCUGUCUAUGUGUAUCCGUAUACUUGAGUAAAAUAUCAUUUAAUUCACAAUUAGCUUACAAGUGAAAAAUUUAAUGAAUGUUUUUCUUUUGUUCCAUAUUCAUCUCAUUUUCUGUUGUACUUUUCUGGUGAAUGUAUUUAAUCACCAAAAAGCCAAAGAUUGAAUAUUUUACACUCUUAAUUGUUUGUUACGUUAGAUUCUAAUCAUGUUUACUUAGUAAUAAAACUUGAAGAAAAAAAAUGCUA